AUGCCUCCUCGACGCGCUGCACGCCCAAUUACGCAAAUUAAAAGAACUGGAGAUAUGGAUGUCGACUUCGUCAUGUUCGAAAAUGACUUUCUUCAGAACAAAAUUAAAGCAACUGAAGAGGCGACAGAAAAAAAUCGCGAAUUAGCCGACCAAGAAAUAGUUAAAAGAAGAAAAACCGAAGAUAAACAAAUGCAGUUCUAUGCUGACGCUCAAGAUGUAAGAGCUUAUCUUUCAAUGAAACAUAACGAAAAAAAUCGCAAGAAACAGUAUUACGAAAAGAAAUUACAAGAUACUCGCGAGCGCUAUAAAAAUUUAUUAACAGAUCUCCAAUCAAAACUCGAUAAAUUAAAGCAAUCCCAAGAUAUCGAAUUAACUCAAUUAACAAACACAUUAAAAGCAAACAAAACCAGACGUGAUUCUCUUGCAACAGUUGCAGCUCUUGAAAAUCAGCUCAAACGUGAAAUUGCUGAGGCAGAACAGACAAUGAAAACAGAAUCAAAACAUCAAGGUAUCCAAAUGUCACAAGCUCAUGCAGAAUACUCAGAUCUUGUUGGCAGACAUGAAAAAGAACUCAAGGAGAGUGUUAUGCGUGAAGAAGCAAAGAAUCGUUCGAUGACACAAGAAAAUUUAGAAAAUACAGUUAUAGAAAUGAUGAUCGAAAAGGAUGCUGAGAAGACAAAACUUACUAACGAAGUCAAGAAAUCCAAGGCUAUUGCAGAAAGAAAUACAGAAUUGAUGGAGAAAAACAAACAACUUUAUAUGAACAGAGAUUUACUUCAAAGUGAAUGUGAUUCAUUACAAAAACGCAUCUCUAAGAAUGAUGCUACCAUUAGAACAUUCGUUGAUGAACUAAAAGCUCACGAUCAGAAAUUAAAAAUUGAUGCUGAGAGCGAAGAAGUUUCUGACAACGAAGAACAAGAGAAACCAUCAGCAAAAGAAUCUCCGAAAGCAUCAGUAGUACCAGAACUUCAAACUUCCGAAAGAGAAGCAAAUGAGAAUUCUAAACCUGAUAGAGAACAGCUUUUGAAUGCUUUCUUUGAUGAUUCUGUUAAUACACUAUGUACAUCAAUUGUUAAAAUCCUCCAAGUUAUUGAUCAACCUCAUGCAGAUGAAUAUGUUCAAUUUCAUGAAGUUUUCAAUACAUUUGAAGGUCGUAAGAAAGAACUUAGAUUCCUUAUGUCCAAGUUAGGAAAUCUCACGUUCGAAAACAACCAGAAGGAACUUCUUCCUCCUAUUGGAUUGGAAAAUAUCGAAGGUGUCGACCAGGAGUUCACGAAGAAGAACUUAAUCGAUCCGCAGAACAAAGCCAUUUUGGAAUUUGCUGGUCCAAUUGGAAACGACGAAUUCCCAGAACUUAUUGCUACACAAUUCUUCCAGUAA